AAGGUGCUCUGAAGAAUCCGUUUCCAAAUUCAAGGAAGGCUGGAUCUGGACAUCUGACAUCUGAACAAUUAGCCUCUCUCUGUUUGUUUUUCUGUCUCUUUUUUCCUCUCCCUCUUUUUACCAGAUCCAUCUGAAGCUGCUCUUCCCCUUUCCAGUUUUUCCAGGAGAACACUGGCAGUGUUACAAUUGGGGCUCUGGUGUCCAAUCCCAUUUUUCUUUGCCUUUCCUUUUCUUGUGUGAUUGUGUGGCUCUCUGGCAUUACCUGAUGUGACUUUCUGGUCCCCUCUCGCUUUGGAAUCAUGGGCAUCUUUUGGCCUUCUGUUGGAUUCUAUGUCUUCACAGUAUUGUACAUCCAGCAAGGACUUUCUUCUCAAGCCAAAUUUACUGAAUUUCCUCAGGAUAUCACAGCCACUGAGGGGCAGAAUGUGGAGAUGUCUUGUGCAUUCCAGAGUGGCUCUGCCUCAGUAUACCUGGAAAUCCAAUGGUGGUUUCUGAAGGCAAUUGAGGACCAAGAAGCUGGAGCUGAGGUGAUGGAAGCUCAGGUGGAGCUAUUACCAGAGAGAGACUUGGAUAAUGAUGGAACAAAGAUAAGUACAGUGAAAGUACAGGGGAAUGAUAUUUCCCACAAGCUGCAGAUCUCCAAAGUCAGGAGAAAGGAUGAAGGAUUGUAUGAGUGCAGAGUGACGGAUGCCAAUUUUGGAGAACUUCAAGAAUACAAAGCCCAAGCUUAUCUCAAAGUGAAUGCAAACAGCCACUCCCGAAGAAUGCAGGCUUUUGAAGCUUCCCCAAUGUGGCUGCAGGAUAAACCUCGCAAGAAUAUCUCAGCUGCCAUCUCUAACAGCAUCCAUAAUUCUGCCAGUCAAAGAUCCACUUCUAAUCCUCCAGUAGAUGCCAAAAUCCCUAAGCAAAGUCCUCAAUCAGUGCAUGCCAAGAAAGUCAUGGGUGCAAGAGCCAAGCUGAUGAACUAAUUAAAUAUAUGAAUGUAUAUGUUUAAACAGCCUUAUAAAGAAGCAUUGGAAAUCUGCAAGAUGAGCGAAUAUCUUAUAACUUCUUCCGCAGGUGCGAGGAUAGCUACAAGCCAUGGACUUUCUGUCCUGCUUCUUGUUUGUGGCUUUGUGAAGGGUGCUUUACUUUGAUCUAAAAAGUGCUGAC